CCUCGUUUCAGGAUGAUGAUGAAGAUGAGAUCAAAAUGUGGAUGGAACUGACGAUGGAGAGAGUGAUGAGGGCAGCAGAUGCUUCGCUGACUUCAUUGUAUAUCAUGACGUCACCAAACAUGCCAAAAAGAAUUUAUCUAGAAGAUGUAAUCGACAGAAUAGUUUUAUUUACAAAAUACCAAUUACAGAACACAAUAUAUCCUUCCUUUGACCCUGUGUAUAGGGUGGACCCCAAGAAAGAUCUGGGAAGUGGACGGAAGAAGCGUGCUCAUGCCAAAGAGGUGCGAGAGAAGAGCAUACUCACUUUAUACAAUAAACUACAUGAAUUAGUGAGUUUAUUAGCGGAACUCCUCAAUAUCCAGGUGCUCACAGAUACGGCAGUUCUUCAUGCAUCUUCAAUGGGAGUUGCUCCUUUUUUUGUUGAAAGUGUCAGUGAACUUCAACUAUCGGCUCUGAAGUUAGUGACCACG